CUGCCUCACAAUCUGCGAUCAUCGCAGUCGGAGCUUGAAUAUUCUCAGCUCCAUGCCACCACAGGCCUUCAAGGAUCUCGCCGCAGUCACGUAGUCUGUGGGUGUGUGUGUGUUUGUUUGUCGACGUCGCAAUUUUUCGUUAGCGGCUAUGGCAGCAAUUGUAGCUGCGCAGAGUGUGGCAGCUGGGGCCCUGUUGGGGAGCUCCAAGGGUUUUGGGUUGGCGAGCAGCAGCAGCCGCUUGGCAGGCGCACAAUUGGGCGUGAAGGGAGCUUCCAAUGGGAGUCGCGUCACUUGCCGGACCGCUUUCACGAUUCCCAAGAGUCGACAGGGGCUGCUCGAGGAGGUGGAGAGGCGAUGGGAGGCCGCUCUUGAGAGCCCCCUUGCUGGAGUGGAGUUUACCCACGAAGAAUUCGCUGAGGUUCUUUCGAAGUACGACUUCAGCUUUGAAAUCGGCGACAUGGUUAAGGGGGUGGUCUUCAAAUCAGACUACAAUGGAGCUCUCAUUGAUAUUGGGGCUAAGGCACCAGCUUACUUGCCCAUGGCAGAGGCCUGCAUUCACAAAUUGAGGAGCGUAGAGGAAGUUGGGCUUUAUCCUGGCACCGAAGAGGAAUUCGUCAUUGUCAAGGAUGAUGAUGACAAUGGCCGCAUGAUUUUGAGUUUGAGGAAGAUUCAACACGAAUUAUGCUGGGAGCGAUGCGCUCAGUUGUUGGCAGAUGACGUCGUCGUCAGAGGAACGAUUUUGUCAUCUAACUCUGGAGGAUUCGUUGUAGCCGUUGAGGGUCUGCGUGGUUUCGUUCCCUUUUCCCAGAUUUCAGCUAGGGGAGCCCAAUCCAAUCCUGAGGAACUACUGAACAAGGAGAUUCCCCUUAAGUUUCUUGAGGUGGACGAGGAGCGUACACGCCUCGUUCUCAGCAACAGAAAAGCCACCUUUGCAGAGAGUCAGUCUGCCUUCGGCAUUGGUUCAGUUGUUGUGGGAACUGUUCAAACUGUUAAGCCAUACGGAGCCUUUAUCGAUAUUGGAGGAGUCAGUGGUCUGCUGCACAUCAGUCAAAUCAGUCACGACCGCCUCACAAGUGUGGAGACUGUACUAUCACCUGGAGACAAGUUGAAGGUUAUGGUCUUGAGUCAGGACAAGGACAGAGGCCGAAUCAGUUUGUCCACCAAGAAGCUUGAGCCAACACCUGGUGACAUGUUGCGUAACCCACAAUUGGUUUAUGAGAAGGCUGAUGAGAUGGCUAAGACCUUCAGGCAAAGGGUUGCUCAAGCCGAGGCAGCUGCUAGGGCAGAAGAAUUGCGACUUCAGCAGUUUCAAGAGGUUGGAUUUGGUGUAGGAAACGAUUUCUCUACGGUCGCUGACGAUUUGGGUAUCGAUAACCUUGAAUCCUUGAAUGCAUCAGUCGAGGAAACAGCAGUUUAGAAUGACACUCAGAAUGACACUUAGCAGUCCAGCUCUGAUCAACACCCUGUGGCGUUUUUUUAAUGCCGUUUCUCCCCAUCAGGUAGCGUGUAUUCAUUUUUUCCCCCAAAUGCUUAGAAAAAGCAAUCAGUAAGGGUAGGUUUGAAGCACUGUCGUUGCCAGGAAGUUCGUAGUCUUUAUCUCUUUCCAUUUUGGACAUUUAUGCUAGGCAACAUUUGAUAUUGUGACGAGUUUUUCAACACCCAUGAAAGGCUUGAAAGGAAGCAUUUCUAUAUGACUCGUA